AGAGACACACACCAGGCUCAGCUUAUUGAGAAGAGGAGCCCCUCAAAACCAAGAUGCUGUGCCGACUGCACCUUGCAGCACCUCAGAGUCCCCUACGAAGCCGAGGUUUAUGGCCCAGGACCAGUUCGCUCUUCGAGGAGCUGGAGCGGGAGAUGGAUUCUAUGUGGGAGCGCCUGACCAGCAACUGGCAGCCCACGGCCAGUAGCACGGCCAGUCAUGAGACCAUCCACAGCUUUGAGGCAGCAAACACCGACCACACAUUUGCAGUGACUCAAGACAUGGCUGGAUUUGACCCCCAGGAACUGGUGGUGAAGCUGGUUGGGGAGAAGGUGGUUCUGACGGGCAGGAAGGCCACAGAGAAGCCCAACGGCCCUUUCCGCUAUGAGCUCUUCCGGAGGGUGUGGGACGUGCCACAGAGCGUGGACCGAGAUCGUCUCAGUUGCUUCAUCUCCCACGAUGGACAGCUCCGCAUUGAAGCUCCCGUGGCAGAUUCGGCCAUGAGGACGGUGCCCAUUGCAGUCAACAGGGUGAGAAAUGAAGCUCAACCAGCGGCUGAAGAGUCCACACCCACAGAAGACAAUCGGGCUCAAGGAUGAAGGAGGCUGGAUGGAAGAGACUUUUUAAAAACUAAAUUGCUGGAAAUCAUGGAGAAAUGUGCACUGCUAAUAAAUAUUUUAAAUAUGGAAUUAUACGUCCUGGUGGACAAUCAGUUCUCAGAUGAACUGGGAGGUGGGGUGGGGAGUGUAGCAGGGCUAGUGCAGAAUUUUAUUCAUUUACCAGAAUUGUUAUGGAAAAUUUGGAAUGUAGAAUAAUUAAAGGUGGGAUAAAGUGAUGUGGACAAGUUGGUCACUCCUGGUAAAAGGGUUUUGGAAAGAUUGGUUCUCAGUCCUGUAUUUAUAUUUUUGCUGCUCAGUUAAGGUUGCCAGUUUUUCUUCUUUUUUUAAAAAAAAGUUCAUCAGCUUUGUGAACAGCUUUACCUACUGAAUCAGCCAGUCCCAAUGUCUAAGAAUUCAAUUUACGGGAUAAGAACUUGAUAAGAAAGUCCUUAUAAAUAGGAUGGAAAGGAGUUGAAAAGGGGUUUUGUUUAGCUAGAAAAAUGAGAAUUGUCCCAUUUAUUCAGACCAACAUACUUCCUUUGCCAACAUAGAUUAUACAGUACUGGACAGUUAUCAAUGGAUGACAUUUCCUUGAAGGGUAAAUUGAGAAGUAGAUUUAUUCCACAAGUUUGGAUACUAGGUCUAAGAUGAAUAUUGGAGAUUGUCUGAAUGUAAACUGGGAAAUCUCUGUAUGAUUAAGCAGAAGUUGUACUUCACCAAGGGCUAUCCAUUUCCUGAAAAUGCAAGUAAACAAAUAUAAACAU